GUAAUUUAGGCCCAGCCUGAUUACGCACCAACUCCGGAGGAGGGGGCGCUCUGGUGUCCUCUCUGGUGCACUCAGCCAACCCCUGCCGCCGCUGUUGCUCUCCUGCUGUAUCCGAGUGAAGGAUCUCCUCAGAUCAACCCGGUUUCAUCAACAUCGGAUUCCUCCAAGUUAAUGCUUUUCUGCAUCGGAGAGAUCUGGCAUCCAAAACACGCAUGGAACGGUUUUUGGGGAAUUGGAGUCGAAAUGCAGCGCCGUACUUCCAGCCCACAACAAGAACCAUGCCCAAUUUACACUGCAAGCAAAUCUAUGACAUCCUGUUUUAUCCUUUACGACUUUGAUAGGAGUGAAAUUUGCUCGGAUAUCGUCGAGGAGUGAAAUCGAGGAGAUCGCGCCGUGCCAGCAGGAAAGGACGCUGUUCUCGCUGCAGACGCUCGAGUACCGAAAAAAAAAACCCUCUGCAUUCAGGAUUUUUCAGCUUUUCAUGGAGCUGGAGAACAUAGUAGCCAACACUGUACUGCUAAAAGCGAGAGAGGGUGGGGGUGGAAAGCGGAAAGGAAGGAGCAAAAAAUGGAAGGAGAUCCUCCGGUUUCCCCAUAUAAGCCAAUGUGUUGAACUGGGAAAAACUAUCGAGAGGGAUUAUGCCAGCAUCUGUGAGAAACAGCCUAUUGGACGGCUUCUUUUUCGUCAGUACUGUGAGAUCAAACCCAACUUGCAACGAUGCAUCCAACUACUGGACGCAAUGGAAGACUAUGAGGUGACACCUGAUGAAAAAAGGAAAAGUCGAGGAGAGCAGAUCAUCAAGACAUUUCUCUCAAAGCAAUCGCCUCAGCGGGUAGACAUAGCAGAGGUUUUUGCAGAGCGAUGCAGGGAGAACCUUGAGCUCAGUCCUUGUAAGGAGAUCUUCAGCGAAUGUCGCAAGGCUGCCCAUGAGUACCUGAGUGGAGCUCCGUUUGCAGACUAUCAAAACAGCAUGUACUUUGACCGCUUCCUGCAGUGGAAGAUGCUGGAAAGGCAACCAAUCACUAAAGACACAUUCAGACAAUAUCGAGUGCUGGGGAAGGGGGGGUUCGGAGAGGUGUGCGCAUGCCAGGUGAGAGCAACAGGGAAGAUGUACGCCUGCAAGAAACUGGAGAAAAAGAGAAUCAAGAAGAGAAAAGGAGAGUCCAUGGCUCUCAAUGAGAAACAGAUUUUGGAGAAAGUCAACAGUAGAUUUGUUGUGAGUUUAGCAUAUGCGUACGAGACCAAAGACGCUCUGUGUUUGGUGCUGACCAUCAUGAAUGGCGGAGACCUGAAGUUUCACAUCUACAACAUGGGAACGCCGGGCUUUGAGAAGGACAGGGUCCAGUUCUACGCUGCUCAGAUCUGCUGUGGACUUGAGCAUUUGCACAGGGAAUCGAUCGUCUAUAGAGAUUUAAAACCAGAGAACAUCCUUUUAGAUGACAAUGGACACAUUCGUAUUUCUGACCUGGGGCUGGCCAUCAAAGUGCCUGAUGGAGAGAACAUUAGGGGCAGGGUGGGGACGGUAGGCUACAUGGCGCCAGAGGUAAUCAAUAAUGAGAAGUAUGCUAUGAGUCCUGACUGGUGGGGACUGGGCUGCCUCGUUUACGAGAUGACUGCCGGAAGAUUGCCCUUCCGUGCCCGCAAGGAAAGAGUGAAGCGUGAGGAGGUGGAGAGGAGGGUACAGGAGGAAGAGGAGGAGUACAACGACAAGUUUACAGAGGACGCUAAGGCAAUCUGUAGAAUGCUGCUCACCAAAGACCCUAAGCAGAGGCUGGGGUGCAAUGUGGACAGAGCAGUAGGCGUCAAGGCCCACUCGUUCUUUAAAAACAUCAACUUCAAGAGGAUGGAGGCUGGAAUAGUGGAGCCUCCCUUUGUGCCUGAUCCUCGGGCAGUGUACUGUAAGGAUGUUUUGGACAUAGAGCAGUUCUCCACCGUCAAGGGAGUAAAUUUGGACCAAACUGACAAUGACUUCUACUCCAAAUUUGCUACAGGCAGUGUUUCCAUCCCAUGGCAGAAUGAGAUGAUAGAAACUGAGUGUUUCAGAGACUUGAACGUCUUUGGGCCACAAGGGACAAGACCUCCAGAUUUAGACUGUAAUCAGCCACCGGAGCCACCCAGACGUAGCCUGCUGGACAGGAUUUUCAGGAGGCAUCACCCAGAGGUGUCUAUUUCCAACAGCCGUGUGCAGUCUUCCAGUGUAAAUUCUGUGGACUCUAUGUCCAACUCUGCCCCCUAGUGGCUUAAUGACAAUAUGGGAGUUUCACACACACACACACACACACACACACACACACA